AUGCUUGGUGCAUUAGCUGGUGCAUUGGCCCAAAUCUUCACUAUUCCUAUCUCAGUCGUCACUACUAAACAACAGACUUCUGAUGUUCAGCAGAGUCUGGUUGCUACUGCUAAGGAUGUAAUUGGUGAGGACGGUGUGUCUGGCCUUUGGAGAGGUUUGAAAGCUUCUCUUGUCUUGGUUGUCAACCCUUCAAUUACUUAUGGUUCCUUCGAGAGACUUAAGCAGGUGCUGUUUGCUAAUAAACCUACUCUCAGUGCUGGUGAUAAUUUCCUGUUAGGAGCUCUGUCAAAAGCAAUGGCCACUAUUGCUACUCAGCCUAUGAUUGUAGCUAAAGUGAUGCAACAAUCGUCUGAUAAGCGCAGACGUCAGUACAAGUCGUUUGUAGACGCCCUAGUGUACCUGUCGAAGAACGAAGGACUCAAGGGACUGUUUAAGGGUCUUGGUCCACAGAUCUCGAAGGGUGUCCUCGUACAAGGACUGCUUUUCAUGAUCAAAGACCAAGUCGAGUUAUUCUUGAUUCUAUUCUUUAGACUAAUUAAGCAGAGAUUAGCACUAGCUACGUAA